AUGACUCCGGCUAACAUGAUGGUGGCGUCAGGAGCUUCCGGUGCAUCAAGCUCGGGAGUAAACCAAGCGCCACUACCACCUGUUCCGCAGCCCCAACCUCCUGCGGCUGAACUCGAUGGUGGUGGUGCCGCUAAUAAGAACGUGGAGAAUCAAAGAGGAUGGGUCAAGGAGAGGUUCGGGACGAAACCAGAGUGGAUCUGCGGCAAAGCGGAGGCUCCGGAGAUCACCCGGAUCUUGAAUCAACUAGUAGAUCAUCAACACAGGGGCCCCAUUCAUUCUCCAGAUGAGUUGGGAGCUGGGGCAGCCCGCGCGCGACCCAUACCAAUCCUACACUCCUUUCUCCUAUUGUUUCUUUGUCACUUCUUGGAAAUCACGAAGAGGAUUCCCGGACUUGGACUGAGCGGGAGGGGAGCUGCUGUCGGUAUUGGAAACGUGUUCAGUUCUUUGAUCCAUUCCGUGGCGCGAAAUCCAUCAUUGGCUAAACAAUUAUUUGGUUAUGCCAUUUUGGGCUUUGCUCUAACCGAAGCUAUUGCAUCGUUUGCCUCAAUGAUGGCCUUUUUGAUUUCAUUCGUAUUCUGAUCGAAGAAAGAAGGUUGAACUUUCAU